AUGGCUGGAACAGCGCCCGAAGGUUCUCAAUUUGAUGCUCGCCAAUUUGAUUCGAAAAUGAAUGAACUUCUUGGAGCUGAUGGAGAGGAGUUUUUCACAAGCUAUGAUGAGGUUUAUGACAGUUUUGACGCUAUGGGGCUGCAGGAAAAUCUUCUGAGGGGCAUCUAUGCCUAUGGUUUCGAGAAGCCCUCUGCAAUUCAGCAACGAGGGAUUGUCCCAUUCUGCAAGGGUCUCGAUGUAAUUCAGCAAGCUCAAUCUGGAACUGGAAAGACGGCAACUUUUUGCUCGGGUAUCCUUCAACAGCUGGACUACAAUGUGGUCGAGUGCCAGGCUCUGGUCCUUGCACCCACCCGCGAGCUUGCCCAGCAAAUUGAGAAGGUCAUGCGGGCCCUUGGUGAUUAUCUCGGGGUAAAGGUCCAUGCUUGUGUUGGGGGCACUAGCGUCCGUGAGGACCAGCGCAUCCUAUCCAGUGGGGUCCACGUAGUGGUCGGAACUCCAGGGCGUGUCUUUGACAUGCUUAGGAGGCAGUCCCUGCGCCCUGAUUACAUCAAGAUGUUUGUUCUGGAUGAAGCUGAUGAGAUGCUCUCCAGAGGAUUCAAGGAUCAGAUAUACGACAUCUUCCAGCUUCUUCCCCCAAAAAUCCAGGUGGGCGUAUUCUCCGCCACCAUGCCCCCCGAAGCUCUUGAAAUCACCCGCAAGUUCAUGAACAAGCCGGUUCGCAUCCUCGUCAAGCGUGACGAGCUCACUCUCGAGGGCAUCAAACAAUUCUACGUGAACGUCGAGAAAGAAGAGUGGAAGCUCGAGACUCUAUGCGACCUUUACGAAACCCUCGCCAUCACUCAGAGCGUCAUCUUUGUCAACACCCGCCGAAAGGUUGACUGGCUCACCGACAAGAUGCGCUCGCGUGACCACACAGUCUCCGCAACACAUGGUGACAUGGACCAGAACACCCGUGACAUCAUCAUGCGCGAAUUCCGAUCGGGUUCUUCGAGGGUCCUCAUCACCACUGACCUUUUGGCUCGUGGUAUUGAUGUUCAGCAGGUAUCGCUUGUGAUAAACUACGAUCUCCCGACUCAGCCUGAGAACUACCUGCACAGAAUCGGGCGUAGCGGUAGGUUCGGGAGGAAGGGUGUGGCGAUCAAUUUCGUGACCAAGGACGAUGACCGCAUGCUUUUUGACAUUCAGAAGUUUUAUAAUGUCGUGGUUGAGGAGCUCCCAGCGAACGUGGCAGAUUUGCUUUGA